AUGGAGCCCAGGCCGCGCUGGAAGCGCAUCACGUAUAAGCGGCAGCCGUACCCCGCCAACUACGUCAGCGAUGACUUCCUGCGCGGGCUCAGCGAAAACGUCUGCAACAACUACACGCUCAAGGAUGUCUGCCCCAAGACCAUGAUGCUCACGCAGCACUGCAGCACCAUGCUGAUCAUGGGACACAUGUUCAUGCUGGUCAAGGACGACGCCAUACCGUUACAAUACGUGGAGGUCGCUGCGAUGCUGGUGAACCUGCUGUUCUGCGCGCUCAUGUACGCGGCAAGCAGGACCAAGAUAGGUGAGUGGCACGCAUCCCCCGACAUAAUGCAAUCAGACCGGUUCCGACACGUCAUAUUCGCCUUCGUUGUGCAGUUGGCGCUGCAGCUUUUGCAACCGGUUUUCCAGACGCUGACGUCAUCGUUCAGCUACGACACGGUAUACGAAGAUUACGUCAGGGACGUGGAUGCGCUGCCCAUGAACUGCCUUAUUCUGGUGGCCAUUCUCGUCUCGUCGCGAUUCGGAUGCCCGCAGAAGGUUAGUCACAGCCAAACCGAUGUGACACGGCGCAGAACCUUCUCCGUUCUGCCGCUUCUGCAGCGGUUCCUCAUGGAAAGCAAGAGCGUGCCUGUGAUAUACGGGUCUACCGCAGCAGUUGUGUUGGCCACCUGCAGCUGUCUAUACGCCUGCCACCCAGCGCUGGUACCAGUCUAUAUACUCGGCCGCGCAGCAACGUAUCCGGGCGAUGGAAUCCAGACCAGGUCCCCAAAAAUAGGAAACACCAUUGCACGGAGCCCGCGUAAGGACCAGUAA